UUCCGUUUUGUUUGUUCGCGAUCACAGUUCUGUUGUACUCGCAAUACAAAAAUACGUGCAAUGCAGCUGCUACAAUUGGCGCUUUACUUGCCUUUUCUCUUGGUACUUUUAAUCUUCAUCCAGUCCAGUCAUUCAACAUCGAACCCGAAUCAUGCAGACCUGAGUUUUGUAAAUGCCGCUAAAGAAGUAGUUUCAUUUGUGCAAUUGGAUAUUAUAGAAUUAGACAAGGAGACGAGCGACCUUGAUGCUAAAAGGGUCAGAGAGUAUCAACUCAAAGUAAUUCAACGUUUCAAGAAUGUCAGUGCGCAAGUUCGGCAAAUCGAGAAGCUAUACUUAACAACGCCUGAGAAAAGCUUGUAUAAUCGUUUAAUGAACGAACGAUGUAUAUUUGUAGGGCUUCAUGCGAUAACCGAGCAUUUUAAAUAUAUGGAGGUUAUAGAUGAAAUAGAGGAAGAUACUCUCUUGAUCUUCACUGAAACAGUAUCUCAACGGAUAUUUAACCCAUUUUUGACAAGACCAAUCGAUUGGUUUUAUCUUCCACUUCACGGUUUGAAAUGCAAUAAGUACGACGGAACAUGCGGGAAAUUCAAUUGGAAAUUAAAGGAAUUGUCGAUGAUUUAUGAAAUUCCUAUGAACAUACGGUGCAAAAUGCGACAAUCCCCACAGCAUAUAUUUUACUCUAUAUAUAAAGAAAUCGCUUUAUUCGAACUUAUGGCUUAUAUCCUGAUCGAGUACUCAAUGAUGAUCCAAAGAGUUUCCGGAAAUGGCAAUUUCAUUAUAAAAAGGAAUUCUGUCCGACAGAACUAUAAUGAGAUUACCAAAAAUGCUCUAACUACUCUCAAAGAAGUGACGGAAAAAGCUGAUCGUCUUCUAUGGCGUUGCGAACCUUCGCCACAUAUACAGAACAUUACCUACGACGAGGUUACGCGGCUGCUACAAGGAUACAUUGAGAAUGAAGUGGAUCUAAACACCUAUGGGUCAUGUAGUCGGACUUGCGCUGAUUAUCAUAACACAACCAGCAAAAGUUGCUCCGAUGAAAAGUUUUGCGCUCAACAGCCCAAAUGUUCGGGUCGGAUUCACGACUGCCAAUUUAUAGACUCGGUUCUGACUGUAUGCCAAUCACCAGAAAACAGCACUCGUCGCUAUGAGUAUAUUGAAUACGGUGAAUCGAAGAGUUUGGGAAAGAACGAAAAGUGUUGGCGGGACGUCAAUAAAGUAAAGAGCUGGAAAAAAUUUUUGUCCAUCGAUUGCAGCUAUUGCUUCUGUCUCUGUGAUGAACAAGGCCCAAAGUCGGAUCGCUACUUCAAUCUUCGAGAAACAUUAUCGGAUGUCAAUGCAAACAAAGUGGUGACUGGACUGCGGUUUGUGAAGAGGAAUCGUAUAUUCCAUUUGCAAAUCCAGCAGGGAGAACUCUUGCCCCGUGGUCUCAUCAACGAAUCAACUGUGGAGUGGAAACCAGUCGAUAACUAUGAAAUCGGUGAUUCCAAUGCUAAGGAGGGAGUCGACUAUCACACAUUAACUUAUCAAAAUCGAUCAUUAGAUCUAGAUGAAGUAACGAAACCAGAUGAUACAACUUUUGUGGUGACCGGUGUGCGAUUCCAGGUUUUGGAUGGACAUCUGAAUCUGAAAGUGCAUUUCAGCCAAUGGGAUUUUGUAAAAGGCAAAUUAAUCGACCCGGAGGUAAAUAGCAUUUGGCAGUCGAAUGAUAAUGUUUACAACAGAAAACAGAAUUUACCAACUCGGGAAUCUUGGACGAUGCAUCACAAAAAACAAUUCCGUUGAUUGAUAUACAGGAUGUUGAGUUCAAGCCGCCAGUGCCUUUAGGCGGCAUCGGCAUAUACUAUAUGGCUAAAAGCGACUUCCGGGGCUACGUGGGUCCCAGUAUCAUCAGUUCUAACCUUUCCCCCCACCUUUCGUUGAUUACUAAUUGAACUCCAACAAUUACGACUAUUAACAUAUUCAUAUAGAAUUCCAUGACUAUUUUGUAUUGCUAAUCUGCUGAUUGAAUUCAAUUAAAAAUAAAACCUUUGGCAAAUA